AUGUCGGAAGAAAAGAAAGAUGGUGAAAAUGCAGAGAAGGAGCACAUGCAGCUUAAGGUUCGCUCGCCGGACGGGAGCGAAGUCUAUUUCAAGAUAAAGCGGCGCACAAAGCUUGAGAAGCUGAUGACAGCAUAUUGCAAUAGACUAGGUCAGUCUAUUGAUUCUGUUCGUUUUCUUUAUGAUGGUGAGCGUGUAAAGCCAGAGAAGACCCCGAUGGAUUUAGGAAUAGAAGAUGGAGAUGUUAUUGAUGCAAUGGUGCAGCAAACGGGUGGCGGAGAAGAUGCCUGA